AUGAAAACUCUAGCUUGGAAUUGUAGAGGUUUGUCCCGUUCCUCUGCGAUUCGCAGCCUCAGGAUUAAGGUCAGAAAUAAUUCUCCUGAUGUUAUUUUCCUUUCUGAAACUAAAACAUCUCCUUCUGUUGCUUCUAAUAUUUUACAUAGUCUUGGUUUCUAUUCGUUAGUCCAUGUUCCCCCUGUUGGCUCUAAGGGUGGACUUUUGUUGGCUUGGCGAAGCGGUGUUGAAUUAGAAUCUUCAAUUAAUUCUGAUUAUUAUGGGCCUUGGUUAUGUAUUGGAGACUUUAAUAGUAUUCUGGACCAAUCUGAAAAAUUUGGGGGUCGGCCUUAUGCUUGUUCUUCAAAUGAUCUGUUUCGGGAUUUUCUGAAUUCACAUGGGUUGGUUGAUCUUGGUUUCUCUGGUUCCCCUUUCACUUGGUCAAAUCACAGGCAUGGCCGGCAUCUUAUUAGAGAAAGACUGGAUCGUAGUGUUGCUUCCACUCAAUGGAUUCAUCUAUUCCCUUUAUUCAAAGUAUGGCAUCUUCUAGCCCAAGCUUCAGAUCAUAAUGCUAUGCUUCUUAAUACUUCCUCUAGCAACUCCCAUCUUCCUACACCUUUUAGGUUUGAGGAAUUUUGGACUAAAGAUCCUUCUUGUACUGAGGUUAUAGCUUCUGCCUGGCGCCCGAAUGUUGUGGGCACCUCUUCUUUUAUUCUUGCACAGAAACUGAAAUCUACUAAAGCUGCUCUUAAGAAUAAAUCUAGAGAAACCUGGCUCACCUGUAAGGAUCUUAAUACUAGAUUUUUCCAUGUCUCUACUAUUAUCAAAAGAAGAAGAACUUCCAUUGAUUUUCUCAAGUUGCCCACGGGAGCUUGGAUUACUGACAGGGCGGAUAUUGGGAACUACUACUCCUCUCAUUUUACCUCCCUCUUUACCACCUCAAAUCCACCUUGUCCUGAUGAAUUUUUAUCCCUCUUUGAGAACUCUAUCUCCUCUGAUGAAAAUGUUACUCUUUGUACCAUUCCUUCUGAGUUGGAAAUUUUUAAUGCUCUUUCUAGUAUUGGAUCUACAAAAGCUCCUGGCCCAGAUGUAUUUACAGCUUUGUUUUACAAGAAAUAUUGGAGUAUUGUUAAAGAUGUUGUUCUCCGCAGUGAACGCAAGUGUUCUCCAGGCUGCUUCAUCACUUCCCCUUCAUUUUCCAUUCUCAUUAAUGGUAGUCCCUAUGGUCUUUUCACUCCGGCCCUUGGUCUUCGGCAAGGUGAUCCCUUAUCUCCAUUCCUAUUUAUUUUAGGAACGCAAGUGUUCUCCAGGCUGCUUCAAAGACAAUUCUCUAUUGGUCUUCUCAAAGGUAUUAACAUGGCUCGGUCUUGUUCCCCCAUUACUCAUAUUUUGUUUACAGAUGAUCUUCUUAUAUUUGGUAAAGCUACCUCGUCUGAAGUGUCUACUAUAAAAGAUUGCCUUGAUUCCUAUUGUAAAUGGUCUGGACAAGCUGUAAAUACUACUAAAUCUUCGAUACUGUUCAGUAAAAAUACUACAGCUUCGCCCAUCAACAAUAUCAAAAACAUUCUUCCUUUUAAAGCUACUUCAGCAAUAGCUAAAUAUCUGGGACUUCCUCUGUUCAUUGGAAAAUCAAAAAAGGAAGCUUUCCAAGAUAUCUUGACAAGAGUGCUCAGGAAAAUUGAAGGCUGGCGAGCCAAAACUUUAUCUCAAGCCGGUAGGACUGUACUAAUCAAAGCUACUGCUUCUUUCAUCCCUUCAUACACAAUGAGUACCUUCCUUCUUCCAAAAUCUUUCUGUACAGCUUUGGAUAAAUCUUUCAAAGAUUUUUUGUGGGGAUUUCCUAAAGGGAAAUCUCGUAAUCUCUUGCUCAAAUCUUGGCGCUCUAUUUGCAUUCCUCGUCAUCUUGGAGGCUUGGGUAUUCGCAAUAUGUAUGAUGUCAAUCUAACUCUGGUUACAAAACUUGGUUGGAAGCUUUUAUCCAAUCUUGAUUGUCUUUGGGUUAAUCAGCUUCGGGAGAAAUAUAUUUAUUAUGGAACCUUCUUAUCUUCGCCAGUGGUGUCUAAUGCUUCUUGGUUAUGGAAAUGUAUUCUUCAUUGCAAGUCACUCCUCACCUCUGGAGCAUGUCUACAGAUUAUUUCUCCAGGGACUUCCCUGCAUAUUCCUCCAACGGAUCAUCAUAAAUUUCAGAUCUUUGCAGUGGUGGCUUGUGAUCUCUUGUGGUUUUACAGAAAUAAAUCUCAUCAUGAAGGAAUCAGCAUUGAUGUUCGCCUUAUCUCUCAGCAUAUCAAUAGGGUUACUAUGGAGCACUUCAAUGCUUGGCAUCCUUCUCUUCCCAUUGUUAUGGAGAAAUGGCAGCCUCCUCCACAUUCCUGGGUGAAAAUUAAUUUUGAUACAGCUAUCAAAGGCUCAUUCUCAGUCCAAGCUGCGGUCUGUCGCAAUUCACAAGGAAAAAUUAUUCAUAUGGCUUCUUUGCUCUCCCCCCCUUGUCAACCAAAUUAUGGAUAA